GUCGUCCAAGGAAAUACAUUUAGGAAUGAGUAGGGAGUGUAUCAGCAUUAAGUUUCAGUCUAGCUGCACUUUUCCUGCAUCACAGAAUCACAAAGUCUCCGUCUCCUCAUCUGGAGUGGGAUUGAUUCAACACUCGGACCCUCUGAAAAGACAGAGUUUUCCUCUCUUAUUAUUGCUGUGCUACCGCAAUCUACCAAGAUGUGUGACUGCUUUCAUCUAGUUCUUCCUAACUGGCAAGGAUCUCCAGCCAGUGGUUCUGGCAUACAGCUGAGACCAGGGGAGCCUGAGGUUGAUGCUGAUGCAGAAGAAGACGAUUCUGUCAAUGAAGUGACAAUAGAAAACAUACGGCCAAGGCCACAAGGAUCCUCUCCAGUUUAUGAGUAUUCCAUAGAAGAAGAAUAUUUUAACAAAAAGCGACAAGAAGAUACAGAGAACGAAAAAUAUUCUACAGACAAACAAAAAAUGAGUCAUUCACAGGAGUCUAUGGAGGUGACCCUGAAAACAGAAGUGGAAUCUGGUGCUAGCGGUUUUAGUGUGACUGGUGGAGGAAAUGAAGGAAUAUUUGUAAAACAGGUGCUCAAGGGAUCCCCUGCUUCAAAAAUAUUCAGUUUGAGAGAAGGUGAUCAGCUAUUAAGUGCCACAAUAUUUUUUGAUAAUAUCAAAUAUGAAGAUGCACUCAAGAUUCUACAAUAUUCCGAGCCAUACAAAGUACAAUUCAGUCUCAAAAGAAAACUUGCUGGGAAAGAAGAGCUAGAAAAAAUACAUUCUACAGCACAACACAAGAAGGAAAAAAUAAGUCAGGAAAAAGAGCUUACUGAAAAAAUUCCUGGAACAACACUGGAAAUUUCAGAAAAGAUUAUUUCAGAAGAAGACAAGGAAAAGGAAAUUGUAAAACAAAGGGUGGGAAGAACAAAACGACCCAGAAAAGAGAGAUUGUCAUGGCCCAAAUUCCAGUCAAUGAAAAAUAAAAAGAUUUUGGGGCACAGAAGAUCUCAUAGUACAUCAGAUGCAUAUGAGCAUGCUAUACAAGAUAUUUCCCCAACAAGCACUGACACUGAGUCACAGUUACAACAGGAAGAAUUCUGUGCUAAAGAGAAAAAAGGAAGCCAAAAGAAACUGAAGUUCCCUAAUAUUGGAUUCAAAAUGCAUAGAACAAAAGCAGAAACAGAAGAGAAGCAGAGAUUAGAAAUAAAAACCGUGACACCAACAAAAAAGGAUAAAAUACGAAAAGAAGAUAUCAGCAUGGAAACUCCAGAAAUACUAACUGUACAAUAUAGCACAUCUUCUGCAUAUGAAACAAAAGCAGGUGACAUACAAGACAAUGUCAAAAAAGACUUAAAAGACAUGGAAAAUGGUUUACCAAUUUAUACAAAGAAGUACCCUGAAGUUGAAAUUAACAUUAAAAAACAAAAAAAACAGUUAGCAAUAUCUAAACCUACUACUACAAUAUCACAAAUACCACCAAUAACAACACAAAUAUCAAAACCUACUUCAGAAAUACAAACACCUGGUUUCGAAGACACACAAAGCAAACAAAUACCACAAGCUCUACCAAGGACCAGAAAAAAGAAACAAAAAAGUUCAUCAGAACAAAAACCCACAAAAGUUUCUCUGCAACAUCCUGGAGAAGAGAUAACAAAUAAAGAAAUGAGGGAUCACCUAGAACACACUUCGGUUCAAAUAAAGGGUCUAGAAAUAAAAACAACAACAAAAGAAACUGGAAAAACAAAACAAGAAAAAGAGAUAAAUGAAGAAUAUGAGCAGUAUCAGACGCAAAUAGCAGAUCUACAAGAAAACUUUGAAAUUUACACUAAAAAGGGAAAGCAGCCAGAAAGUGAAAUCACAUUACACAAAGUGGAAACUGACAUGCACAAGAAAACAGUAAAAAUAGAAGGACUUGAAAUUGAUAUGGAGGUCCCAAAAGCACCAGUUCAAAUUGAUACUGUGACAGAAGACUCAGGCUGGACAAUGCAAAUGCCAUCACUCAAAAUACCCAAACUACCUAAAUCAGACAUUCAAGCACCAAAGGUGGACAUCUCCUUCCCAUCAGUAGACGUUUCUCUACCGAAGGCUGAGGUGGAUAUUAAGGGUACAGAAGCAACAACUAAAGUGGUAAAGAAAGAAGGUGAAAUAAAAGCCACAGAUAAAGAUGCCAAAGGAAAAGAAAGUAAGUUCAAAAUGCCAAAAUUCAGUAUGCCUUCAUUUGGUUGGUCCACCACAAAAGACACCAGUGAUGGAGUAGCAGAUGUUGAAGAACACCUCAAAGAGCCCCAGGUAACAAUGCCGUCAGUUAGGGCAGAAGGAGAGAUAACAGUGUCGGGACCUGCAAUCCAGGCUCCAAGUGUUGAAUUGGAAAUCGGGACUUCUGCAGGAAAAGAUGGUGAGAAGGGGAAAAUUAAAAUGCCUGAUGUUAAGCUGCCGACUGUAAAGCUUCCCAAAGUCAAGGCUCCCCAAGUACAGAUCAGCCUGCCAAAGGUGGAGGCAGAUAUUUCCCUUCCCAAAUCACAAGCCGAAAUUGAAGAGGGGAGACUUGAAGUGAAAGUUCCGAACAUGGAAAGCAGUAUUGAAGUUGAGACAGGGAAAGCAGAGGCAACAGGGAUGAAAAUACACAUGCCAAAAGUCAAGAUGCCUUCUAUGGGAUUUUCUAAACCAGAAAUCAAAGCUCCCAAAGUAGACGUGGAUGUUACUUUACCCAAAGUCGAUGUCACACUUCCCACGUGUGAUGUCAGUCUUCAGGAAGCUGACCUCAAGGCAGCCUCUGUUCCCGGAGAUGUCAAAAUCUCAGCACCUGGAGUCAAGAUUCCCAAAAUAGAAGGUUCCAUUCAGUUGAAGGGUCCAGAGAUAGAAGCGAAAGAGCCAUCAGCUGAAAUUACGGUGGAGGGACCAGAGGGGAAAGCUGCCGGUUUGGAAGGGAAAAUUCAAAUGCCUAAAUUUGAAAAGCCAAAGUUUGGAGUUUCACUUCCAAAAGGCAAAGUGCCAGAAGGCGAGAUCAGCUUACCCAAAAUGGAAGCUGACAUUCCCAAGCCAAAAGUCAAAGGCCAAGUGGGUGCAAUCGGCGUGGAAACCCCGACGCUAGCAGUGGAAGCUGAUGUUCCCGACGUAGAGACUGAAGCUUCCGGCUGGAAAAUACAAAUGCCAUCACUCAAAAUGCCCAAAAUGCCUAAAGCAGACAUUCAAGCACCAAAGGUGGACAUCACCCUCCCAUCAGUAGACGUUUCUCUACCAAAGGCCGAGGUGGACAUUAAGGGCCCAGAAGCCACAGCUAAAGCGGUAAAGAUAGAAGGUGAAAUAAAAGCCAGAGAUAAAGAUGCAAAAGGAAAAGAAAGUAAAUUCAAAAUGCCAACAUUUGGCAUGCCUUCAUUUGGCUGGUCCACCUCAAAAGAGACCAGUGGUGGAGUAGCAGAUGUUGAAGCAAGCCUCAAAGAGCCCCGGGUGACAAUGCCGUCAGCUAGGGCCGAAGGAGAGAUAACAGUGUCAGGACCUGCAAUCCAGGCUCCAAGUGUUGAACUGGAAAUCGGGACUUCUGCAGGAAAAGAUGGUGAGAAGGGGAAAAUUAAAAUGCCUGAUGUUAAGCUGCCGAGUGUGAAGCUUCCCAAAGUCAAGGCUCCCCAAGUACAGGUCAGCCUGCCAAAGGUGGAGGCAGAUAUUUCCCUUCCCAAAUCAGAAGCCGAAAUUAAAGAGGGGGGAUUUGAAGUGAAAGUUCCCGACAUGGAAAGCAGUAUUGAAGUUGAGACAGGGAAAGCAGAGGCAACAGGGAUGAAAAUACACAUGCCAAAAGUCAAGAUGCCUUCUAUGGGAUUUUCUAAACCAGAAAUCAAAGCUCCCAAAGUAGACGUGGAUGUUACUUUACCCAAAGUCGAUGUCACACUUCCCACGUGUGAUGUCAGUCUUCAGGAAGCUGACCUCAAGGCAGCCUCUGUUCCCGGAGAUGUCAAAAUCUCAGCACCUGGAGUCAAGAUUCCCAAAAUAGAAGGUUCCAUUCAGUUGAAGGGUCCAGAGAUAGAAGCGAAAGAGCCAUCAGCUGAACUUGCGGUGGAGGGACCAGAGGGGAAAGCUGCCGGUUUGGAAGGGAAAAUUCAAAUGCCUAAAUUUGAAAAGCCAAAGUUUGGAGUUUCACUUCCAAAAGGCAAAGUGCCAGAAGGCGAGAUCAGCUUACCCAAAAUGGAAGCUGACAUUCCCAAGCCAAAAGUCAAAGGCCAAGUGGGUGCAAUCGGCGUGGAAACCCCGACGCUAGCAGUGGAAGCUGAUGUUCCCGACGUAGAGACUGAAGCUUCCGGCUGGAAAAUACAAAUGCCAUCACUCAAAAUGCCCAAAAUGCCUAAAGCAGACAUUCAAGCACCAAAGGUGGACAUCACCCUCCCAUCAGUAGACGUUUCUCUACCAAAGGCCGAGGUGGACAUUAAGGGCCCAGAAGCCACAGCUAAAGCGGUAAAGAUAGAAGGUGAAAUAAAAGCCACAGAUAAAGAUGCAAAAGGAAAAGAAAGUAAAUUCAAAAUGCCAACAUUUGGCAUGCCUUCAUUUGGCUGGUCCACCUCAAAAGAGACCAGUGGUGGAGUAGCAGAUGUUGAAGCAAGCCUCAAAGAGCCCCGGGUGACAAUGCCGUCAGCUAGGGCCGAAGGAGAGAUAACAGUGUCAGGACCUGCAAUCCAGGCUCCAAGUGUUGAACUGGAAAUCGGGACUUCUGCAGGAAAAGAUGGUGAGAAGGGGAAAAUUAAAAUGCCUGAUGUUAAGCUGCCGAGUGUGAAGCUUCCCAAAGUCAAGGCUCCCCAAGUACAGGUCAGCCUGCCAAAGGUGGAGGCAGAUAUUUCCCUUCCCAAAUCAGAAGCCGAAAUUAAAGAGGGGGGAUUUGAAGUGAAAGUUCCCGACAUGGAAAGCAGUAUUGAAGUUGAGACAGGGAAAGCAGAGGCAACAGGGAUGAAAAUACACAUGCCAAAAGUCAAGAUGCCUUCUAUGGGAUUUUCUAAACCAGAAAUCAAAGCUCCCAAAGUAGACGUGGAUGUUACUUUACCCAAAGUCGAUGUCACACUUCCCACGUGUGAUGUCAGUCUUCAGGAAGCUGACCUCAAGGCAGCCUCUGUUCCCGGAGAUGUCAAAAUCUCAGCACCUGGAGUCAAGAUUCCCAAAAUAGAAGGUUCCAUUCAGUUGAAGGGUCCAGAGAUAGAAGCGAAAGAGCCAUCAGCUGAACUUGCGGUGGAGGGACCAGAGGGGAAAGCUGCCGGUUUGGAAGGGAAAAUUCAAAUGCCUAAAUUUGAAAAGCCAAAGUUUGGAGUUUCACUUCCAAAAGGCAAAGUGCCAGAAGGCGAGAUCAGCUUACCCAAAAUGGAAGCUGACAUUCCCAAGCCAAAAGUCAAAGGCCAAGUGGGUGCAAUCGGCGUGGAAACCCCGACGCUAGCAGUGGAAGCUGAUGUUCCCGACGUAGAGACUGAAGCUUCCGGCUGGAAAAUACAAAUGCCAUCACUCAAAAUGCCCAAAAUGCCUAAAGCAGACAUUCAAGCACCAAAGGUGGACAUCACCCUCCCAUCAGUAGACGUUUCUCUACCAAAGGCCGAGGUGGACAUUAAGGGCCCAGAAGCCACAGCUAAAGCGGUAAAGAUAGAAGGUGAAAUAAAAGCCACAGAUAAAGAUGCAAAAGGAAAAGAAAGUAAAUUCAAAAUGCCAACAUUUGGCAUGCCUUCAUUUGGCUGGUCCACCUCAAAAGAGACCAGUGGUGGAGUAGCAGAUGUUGAAGCAAGCCUCAAAGAGCCCCGGGUGACAAUGCCGUCAGCUAGGGCCGAAGGAGAGAUAACAGUGUCAGGACCUGCAAUCCAGGCUCCAAGUGUUGAACUGGAAAUCGGGACUUCUGCAGGAAAAGAUGGUGAGAAGGGGAAAAUUAAAAUGCCUGAUGUUAAGCUGCCGAGUGUGAAGCUUCCCAAAGUCAAGGCUCCCCAAGUACAGGUCAGCCUGCCAAAGGUGGAGGCAGAUAUUUCCCUUCCCAAAUCAGAAGCCGAAAUUAAAGAGGGGGGAUUUGAAGUGAAAGUUCCCGACAUGGAAAGCAGUAUUGAAGUUGAGACAGGGAAAGCAGAGGCAACAGGGAUGAAAAUACACAUGCCAAAAGUCAAGAUGCCUUCUAUGGGAUUUUCUAAACCAGAAAUCAAAGCUCCCAAAGUAGACGUGGAUGUUACUUUACCCAAAGUCGAUGUCACACUUCCCACGUGUGAUGUCAGUCUUCAGGAAGCUGACCUCAAGGCAGCCUCUGUUCCCGGAGAUGUCAAAAUCUCAGCACCUGGAGUCAAGAUUCCCAAAAUAGAAGGUUCCAUUCAGUUGAAGGGUCCAGAGAUAGAAGCGAAAGAGCCAUCAGCUGAACUUGCGGUGGAGGGACCAGAGGGGAAAGCUGCCGGUUUGGAAGGGAAAAUUCAAAUGCCUAAAUUUGAAAAGCCAAAGUUUGGAGUUUCACUUCCAAAAGGCAAAGUGCCAGAAGGCGAGAUCAGCUUACCCAAAAUGGAAGCUGACAUUCCCAAGCCAAAAGUCAAAGGCCAAGUGGGUGCAAUCGGCGUGGAAACCCCGACGCUAGCAGUGGAAGCUGAUGUUCCCGACGUAGAGACUGAAGCUUCCGGCUGGAAAAUACAAAUGCCAUCACUCAAAAUGCCCAAAAUGCCUAAAGCAGACAUUCAAGCACCAAAGGUGGACAUCACCCUCCCAUCAGUAGACGUUUCUCUACCAAAGGCCGAGGUGGACAUUAAGGGCCCAGAAGCCACAGCUAAAGCGGUAAAGAUAGAAGGUGAAAUAAAAGCCACAGAUAAAGAUGCAAAAGGAAAAGAAAGUAAAUUCAAAAUGCCAACAUUUGGCAUGCCUUCAUUUGGCUGGUCCACCUCAAAAGAGACCAGUGGUGGAGUAGCAGAUGUUGAAGCAAGCCUCAAAGAGCCCCGGGUGACAAUGCCGUCAGCUAGGGCCGAAGGAGAGAUAACAGUGUCAGGACCUGCAAUCCAGGCUCCAAGUGUUGAACUGGAAAUCGGGACUUCUGCAGGAAAAGAUGGUGAGAAGGGGAAAAUUAAAAUGCCUGAUGUUAAGCUGCCGAGUGUGAAGCUUCCCAAAGUCAAGGCUCCCCAAGUACAGGUCAGCCUGCCAAAGGUGGAGGCAGAUAUUUCCCUUCCCAAAUCAGAAGCCGAAAUUAAAGAGGGGGGAUUUGAAGUGAAAGUUCCCGACAUGGAAAGCAGUAUUGAAGUUGAGACAGGGAAAGCAGAGGCAACAGGGAUGAAAAUACACAUGCCAAAAGUCAAGAUGCCUUCUAUGGGAUUUUCUAAACCAGAAAUCAAAGCUCCCAAAGUAGACGUGGAUGUUACUUUACCCAAAGUCGAUGUCACACUUCCCACGUGUGAUGUCAGUCUUCAGGAAGCUGACCUCAAGGCAGCCUCUGUUCCCGGAGAUGUCAAAAUCUCAGCACCUGGAGUCAAGAUUCCCAAAAUAGAAGGUUCCAUUCAGUUGAAGGGUCCAGAGAUAGAAGCGAAAGAGCCAUCAGCUGAACUUGCGGUGGAGGGACCAGAGGGGAAAGCUGCCGGUUUGGAAGGGAAAAUUCAAAUGCCUAAAUUUGAAAAGCCAAAGUUUGGAGUUUCACUUCCAAAAGGCAAAGUGCCAGAAGGCGAGAUCAGCUUACCCAAAAUGGAAGCUGACAUUCCCAAGCCAAAAGUCAAAGGCCAAGUGGGUGCAAUCGGCGUGGAAACCCCGACGCUAGCAGUGGAAGCUGAUGUUCCCGACGUAGAGACUGAAGCUUCCGGCUGGAAAAUACAAAUGCCAUCACUCAAAAUGCCCAAAAUGCCUAAAGCAGACAUUCAAGCACCAAAGGUGGACAUCACCCUCCCAUCAGUAGACGUUUCUCUACCAAAGGCCGAGGUGGACAUUAAGGGCCCAGAAGCCACAGCUAAAGCGGUAAAGAUAGAAGGUGAAAUAAAAGCCACAGAUAAAGAUGCAAAAGGAAAAGAAAGUAAAUUCAAAAUGCCAACAUUUGGCAUGCCUUCAUUUGGGUGGUCCACUUCAAAAAGAACCAGUUAUGGAGUAGCAGAUGUUGAAGCAAGCCUGAAUGAACCCCGGGUGACUAUUCCGCCAGCUAGAGCUGAAGGAGAGAUAACAGUGUCAGGACCUGCAAUCCAUGCUCCAAGUGUUGGACUUGAAAUUCCAAGUAGUUCUGGAAAAGAUAGCAUUAAGGGGAUAUCUAAAAUGCCUCAUUUUAAAAUUCCAAAGGUGUCAAUUUCUAAGAUUCCUAAAUCUGAAAUUAGUGAUCCCAACUUGCAGGCUGAUGUUUUUCACCCUAUAACUGAAUCUAAUGUAAUAGCUGAAGGAAUACCAUUGAAAUUUUCAGGCCCUGAGAGCAGCGUGGACCUUCCUGAGUGUGGAGGAGAUUCAAGGGCCAAAAAUGUUAAUUUACCAAAAUUUUGGAUUCCUGAUUUGGGUUUUUCCAAAGUUGAUAUCAGUACCCCUAAAGUUUACCAGGAUGCAAACUUACUGAAAGAUGACAUCACUCUUACUAAGUAUCACAUGAGUAUUCAAGAACCCAAAGUGCUAUCUGGGUCUGCUGUUAGUGAUGUAAGCAUUCCAGAGACAGAUAUUAAAGUUGCAAUGACAGAAAGUUCCACUGAGCUGAAGAGUCCAGAAAUAGUUGCUAAAAUACCAUCAGCUGACAUUGCUCUAGAUAGAGGAGAAGUGAAGCUUGAAGGUUUCGAAGGGAAGAGUAAAAUGCCUAAAUUCCAAAAAAUGAAGUUUGGAAUUUCACUGCCUAAGGGAGAAAUUCCAGAGAGUGAGAUCAGCUUACCCCAAAUGGAAGCUGACAUUCCCAAGCCAAAAGCGAUAGCUGAAGUUACUGAGAUUGCUAUUGAAACUUCAUCUUUAGAUAUUAAAUCUGAAGACUCUGAUGCAGGAACAGACGUGUCAGGCUUAAAAAUGCAACUGCCAUCACUCAAAAUGCCUCAAAUACCUAAAGCUGUCGGAGCACCAAAGGUGGACAUCAGCCUCCCAUCAGUUGAUGUUACCAUGCCAACAACAAAGGUAGACAUUCAAGGCCCAGAUUUAGAAAGUAAAGUGGUAAAGACUGAGAGUGAAAUAAAAUCUGGAGAAAAAGACAUUGAAGGGAAAGAAAGCAAAUUCAAAAUGCCAAAAUUCAAACUCCCAUCAUUUAGUUGGUCACCAAAGAAAGAAGCGGUUGUUACAUGUGAUACUGAAACAACCCUUGAGGAGCCUACUUUGGCCUCUUCUUUAGGAGAAACAGAAGCUGAACUAACAUUAACUGUAGCUGAGGUUCAGUGCCCAAGUGUGGAUCUCGAAAGUGAUAUGCCUAUAGGAAAAGAUGCUGAGAAGGGCAAAACUAAAAAGCCUCAGUUCAGCAUGCCAAAGAUAUCACUUCCUAAAAUGAAGGGUCACAAAGCACAGGUCUCUCUGCCAAAAUUGGAAAGUGAUGUUAGUGGUCCUAAACCAGAAAAUGAAGGAGAUGUUUCAGUGCAGAGAUCAGAGAAAGGAAGCAGUGGAGAUGGAGAAGGAAUAGCCAUAAAAAUGCCAAAGGUUAAGAUCUCUACUUCAGAAUUUUCAAAACCAGAAAUCAAAGCUCCCAAAAUGGAUGUGGACGUUAGCUUACCUACGGUUGAUGUCACACUUCCUACAUAUGAUGUGACUAUUCAACAAGCUGACUUGAAAUUGAGGUCUGCUGGUGCUGAUGUCAGCCUGUCAGCCCCAGCUAUUAAGAUUCCAACAUCAGAAGGGUCCAUAGAGUUGGAAAGUCCAGAAACAGGAGUUGAAGGAAUAUCAGCUGGAAUUGCUGUGGAUGGAGCAGAGAUGAAAGUUGAAGGUCUUGAAGGGAAAAUUAAAAUGCCCAAAUUCCAAAAGCCAAAGUUUGGAAUUUCACAUCCUAAAGGGAAAGUGCCAGAGAGUGAGAUCAGCUUACCCAAAAUGGAAGCUGAUGUUCCCCAGCUAAAAGCGAUGACAGAUAUUGUUGACAUUGCUGUGGAAGCACCAACAGUAGAAGUUGAAUCUGCCAUCCCUAAUGCAGAAACAGAAUCUUCAGACUGGAAAAUCAAAAUGCCCAAAAUACCUGAAGCUGAUAUUAAGACACCCAAAGUUGACAUUAACCUCCAAUCCAACGUUUCUGUUCCAGUGACAGAGAUUGGCAUUCAAGAUUCAAAUAUGGCAUCUAAAGCAACAAUGUUUGAGGGAGAAAUAAAACCUGGAGAUACAGAUAUGGAAGGGAAAGAAGGACAUUUCAAGUUGCCAAAAUUCAAAUUGCCAUCAUUUAGGUGGUCACCAAAAAAAGAAGCAAGCGUUAAAAAUGAUUUUGAAGCACCUCUGGAAGAACCUAAAAUUACUGUAUCAUCAGGCAAAACAGACACAAAACUAGCAGAAACUGUAAAUGAGGAACAGGGUCCAAGCAUGGAUCUUGAUAUUGAAAUAUCUACAGGAAAAGAAGAACAAAAAAGCCAAAUUAAAAAGCCUCAAUUUAUCAUGCCUAAAAUUUCAUUCUCCAAAAUUAAGGUUCCUAAAUCUCAGGUGAAUCUGCCAAACGUGGAAGCUGAUGUUACUGUUCCUAAAUCAGAAAGAGAUGGAGAAGACUUAGUGCAGAUACCUGAUAUAGAAAGCAGUCAUACCAAAAGCAUAGAAGAGGGAGCACAAAUAAGCAUAAAAAUGCCAAAAGUUCAGAUUCCUACUCUAGAAUUUUCCAAACCAGAAAUCAAAGUUCCCAAAUCAGACAUGGACAUUAGCCUACCUAAGGUUGAUGCCGCCUUUCCUACAUAUGAUGUGAGUCUUCAACAAGCUGACCUCAAAUUAGGGUCUGCUGGUGAUGAUGUCAGCUUGUCCCCGGGUAUUAAAGUUCCCACAGCAGAAGCUUCCAUUGAGCUGAAGGGUCCAGAAACAGGAAUUGAAGGACCAUUGAUGGUGGAAGGAGCGGAAGUGAAAGUUGAAGGUCUUGAAGGGAAGAUGAAAAUGCCUAAAUUCCAAAAGCCAAAGUUUGGAAUUUCACUUCCAAAAGGAAAAAGACCAGAAAGUGAGAUCAGCUUACCCAAAAUGGAAGCUGGAGUUCCCCAGCUUACAAUGACAACAGAUAUUGCUGACAUUGCUGUGGAAGCUCCAAUACUAGAAAUUAAAUCUGAUGUCUCUGAUGCAGAAAUAGAGGUUUCAGCUGGGAAAAUGAAAAUGCCUCAAGUUUCUAUCACUGACAUUAAAGCUUCAAAGAUGGAUGUUAGUCUCCCAUCAGUUUCUGUUUCAACCACAGAGGUGGCCAUUCAAAGCCCUGAGGUGGAGGAUAUGAAAGUGCAAGGAGAACGUGAAAUGAAGUCUGGAGAAAUUCAGACUGAAGAACAUCAGGGCUGGUUUAAAAUGCCAAAAUUCAGAAUGCCAACAUUUGGUCGGUCAUCUUCUAAGGAAAAAAGAGGUGACAUUGAUAGUGAAGGGAGCCUGAAAAAGCCUCAAGUAAGUGCUCCUUCUGCUGAAAUGCAAACUGAAAUAGAAGCUCCUGAAUAUGCAACAUCAUUGCCACAUGUGGACACUGAAUCUGCUGCUGGAAAGGAUGUUUUGGAAGGUAAAAUCAAAUCUGCUAAAGCAGAGAUUCCAAAAGUGGGAGUUUCUCUCCACAAAGGUAAAAGUUCUGAUGUUACCUCAUCAAAGUUUGAAGCAGAAGUUUCACGACCUCCAGAAAAAGCAGUUAUUAAAGUGAGCAUUCCUGAAACCGAAACUUAUGCUGAUGUAGUUAAACGCGGUGCUGAAGGACAACAAUUGAAAACACACACUCCAAAAGUCAUGAUACCUCAGGCAGAACUCUCUACAUCAGAAAUUAGUGCUUCAAAAACUGGGAUGGACAUCAGCUUACCAGAAGCUGACAUUACACUCCCUAAAUGUGAUCUGACCCUUCAAGAACAAAAAGCCAAAUCAGAGUGUGCAGAGAUUCCAACAGCAGAACAUUCCAUUGAGCUGAAAAGUCCAGAAAUAGGAACUAAAGCACCAUCUGUUGAAAUUGCUUUGGAUGGAACACAGAAGAAAUUAGAUGUCCUCCCAAAAGUAGAGCUGGACAUUCUACACGCCGAUGCAGGAGUUAAAACUGAAAAGCUAGGGAGUGUAAUAAAAUCGACAGGAAAGGAUGUUCAAGGAAGAGAAAGUAAAUUAAAAAUGCCAAAAUUCAGUGUACCCUCAUUUGGAUGGCCUGCCACAAAGGGAACAGGAGAUGUUGCUGAUGUUAAAACCAACCUUGAAGAGACCAAGAUAGGUGCUCCGGGAAUUAAAAUGGAUACUGAAAUAAGUGUUGUAGACCAUGAAAUAGAGUUUCCAGCUGAAAGUGUUGAAAAGGAUAUUUCUGCAGGAGUCAGAGUGAAAGUGGAAGAUGGAGAUGAAGCAAGCAAAAUGAAAACAUCUAAAUUUAAGAUGCCAAAGUUUGGAGUGUUACAUUCCAAAGCAAAGGGUUCUGAAGUUGAUGUCUUUCUCCCAAAGUUAGAGGCUGAUGUUUCACUGCCUAAAACUGAACUAGGCAUAGUAGAAAUCCAGUUUAAAAAAGCAGAUGGCUCCAUUGACCUGCAAAGUCCAAGUUCAGACCUUAUGGAAUCAUCAACCAGGAUUUCAAAGGACAAGCCAGACAAACAAAGUGAAAGUGUAGAGGUAAAUAUUAAAAUUCCCAAGUUAAAAAUACCAGCGUUCACUUACAAUGCACCCACAGUUGAAACUGACGUUUCAACGUCAAAAGUGGCAACAGACUUAAAAGGUGCUGGUACUGACAUUGAAACACCAAAACUGGAAGUAAGCACUAGGAUCCCUAAAGAAAAACCAGAGUUUGCGGGUGGUAAUUUCCGAACGCCAUCAGUCAAAAUUCCAACAUUGGCUGAAUGUGACAUUAAAACCCCACAGGUAUACGUUAAGAUCCUAGACUCUUCGGUUUCAAAAGCAGCACUACAGAUUCAGGGACCACUUGCAGAGAGUAAAGAAAUAAAGACACAAGGUGAAGUUGAAUCUGGACAUGUUGAUAUUGAAACGCAUGAGACUUAUUCCUCUCAGAUAGUGAAAGAAUCUGAGAUUCCUUCAUCAGAAAUUAAAACUGCUAGUUUUGGAUUUUCACUUCUCAAAGUGAAGAUACCUGAGUCACAUGUUAAACUAGACAUGCCAGUCAAACUGCAGUCUUAUACAGAAUAUAAACAUGAGGUGUCUGAGAGUGAAGUUCACCAACCUAAACUUUCUGAUGAAAAUUUAGGGGUAGCAAUACAAAAGACUGGCACUGCUGAGUUUAAAUUAUCUGGUAAACCACAAAGUGAAACUGAUGAAUCUAAUGAUGUCGUAUCUUCCAGUGUGAGUUUGCCAAAAUUGAAAACAUUUACAGUUGAAGUACAGCCUUCCAGUAAACUUGGAGACACUCAAUCUGAUAAGCAACCAGAGGAAAUAGCUGUAUCUCCUCUUUCUAAAGAUGAUGAAAUAGCUAAAAUACCAGAAGAUGAAGAAAAAGAUAUGAAGGAUCAAAAAGAAAAAACUGACAGUAAAAGAUCUGGCAGAUUCAAAUUUUGGCUUCCAAGUAUUGGGUUUUCUUCCUCUGUUGAUGACACAGGCUCAGAUUCCAAACCUGAAGUCCAAAAAUCAAUUCCUGAAGAAACCCAGCCUGUUGACUCUUCUGUGUCAGAUACUGACUCUUCUAAACAAACUGAAAAAACUGGAUGGUUUAGAUUUCCCAAAUUAGGCUUCUCAUCCCCAUCAAAAAAGGCUACGAACGUUGACAAAGAAGAAGAGACAAAUCUAAAAGAAAUGAAAACUUCAGAUGAUGAAAGUCCAUCAGAGAAACCUGAAACAUUUUUUGAUGCAGAGGAAAGCUUAUCACCUAAAGAAGAAACAAUUAAGGGUGAAGAAAAUGAAACCACAGGGACCUCAUCUAAUGUCCAAGUUUCUGGUGCUAUAGUUACAUCAUCAGCAAGAACUGAAUUAAUUUUGUUGGAGAGGGAAAGAGCUAGUCAGCAAAGUAUUCUUGAAAAGACCACCAAAUGAGGUUUUUUUUCUGAUCUAAAUGUAUAUGGAAAGUCUGAAUGUAGAACAAACUAAGAGAAAAACAUAUGCAGAAAAAUGCUGUCUUUCCAAAGAGUUUUCCAGAAGAAAUGAAAGUGGAACAGAACUUAAAACUGAUAUUUAUGAAAACAGUCUAUGGAUCAUUCUUCACUACACUGGCAUUUGCAAGCACAUGAACAUACUGUAGGUCCUAAUGAAACAUUUGUUUCAUGAGAUGUAGCCAAGAAGAAACACACAACUACUGAUGAAAAGGAGGCAUUUAUACUUUUAACAAAGUCUGAUAAAAUUCUCCUAACCAUGCAAAAUAAAGUGUUGAAUGGAGCAAAGAUAGUGAAAAGAUUUUAUUAAAUAUAAUUCUCUAAAACAUGCCAAUUGUGUUUAGUUAUAGAUUAUUUGCAGAAAGGAGUAUAAAGCUAGUGCUAUGAGGACUAGAAAUAUACAUAACUGUUUAGAUUUUAUUUUAUUAAAUAUAUUUCUGCCUUGAUGUUGCUUUCUUAUGAAAAAUAUAUUUUCUUUAUCUUAGAUAGAGCAAUAUUUGUAUUCCAUUAUCAUUUUAAAAUGUAGAACAAACAGAAAUAAUACUGUAGAUAUGACAAUCCUUUCCCCCCCCCCAGCUAGUAGAGUGGAUAAUAUUUAGCCUUAAAAAAAAAUAAAAACUUCAGGAAAUGCUCCAGAUUCCUGAAAAAUAUAUACUGCUGAUUCACAUAUUCAAAAUACAAAAAUAAAAUAUGGCAACUGAGAAGAAGAAUAAAAAAAAAUUGGGGUAAGAAAGUUCAUUAUGUAAAUAUUUAUCAGAAUAGUUAAUGCAUAGAAUGGGGCAUAUGUGAGGAAUCACUGGAAAGGUUUUUCUGGAGAAAUAAGAUGUAAAUAGUUAUUUACCUUUUGUUUAUAUCAAUGCUUCUCUUAAGUACACGACCAAAAUGAUAGUACCAUAUAUGUUAGCCAUCACUGUACAUGUAUUACUAGAAUGUUGAAUGUAUUCUCAAUUCACAGUACAGUCACUGUAUUGAUAAUAAAUGCAGUAACAUUA